AUGGAUUUGAAAUGUAUUAAGAUCAAGAAUGGCAAUAUUCUUGUUCUUUUUGUUGCAACCUUUACCAUGAUUAUACAUAACACAACUUCUGAAUGGAUUACUCAUGGAAAGGACAUAACCAACAGAAGGUAUGCAGAGGGAGAGCUACUGAUCAACCCAAAAUCGGUGGCGCAGAGGUUGCAAUUUGAAUGGAAAUUCGCCGCCGGUUUCGAUAUUACGGCGACGCCGGCCGUCGCCGAUGGGGUGGUGUAUUUUCCGUCUUGGAAUGGGAAUUUGUAUGCAGUGAAGGCAAGUACAGGAAAACUUGUCUGGGAACAAAAUCUUGGACAGUUAACGGGAAUUCCACCGGCAAAUGUGGUGAGCGGCGUGAAUGCCACUGUCUCGAGAUCAACUCCGGCGGUAGCCGGAGAUUAUCUGAUGGUCGGAAUUUAUUUGCCCGCCGUUGUGAUAGCCGUGAAACGUUCCACCGGAGAGCUUGUGUGGGCUACUAAGCUUGACCCUCGCCCUCUCGCCCUUAUCACUGCUUCUGCAUCUUGCGUCGACCUUGCAGGGAUAUGUUUAGUGGGGGUAUCGUCACUAGAAGUUACUCUGCCGGCAGAUCAAUGCUGCACUUUCCGGGGAAGCCUAGUGAAGCUAGACAUAAAAAGCGGUAAAAUUCUAUGGCAAACUUAUACACUUCCGGACAACGGCGGAAAACUGGGAGGCUACUCCGGCGCCGCCAUCUGGGGAAGCAGCCCCGCCGUCGACAUACGUAGAGGAUGGGUUUAUGUUGGCACCGGAAAUUUGUACAACGCUCCGGAGGAGGUUCUUCAGUGUCAGGCGGCUCAGAAUAAUCGAACGGGCCCUCCGACCGGGCCGGACCAAUGUUUCGGGCCGGAUGUUCACUUCGAUUCUAUCAUGGCUUUGAAGAUCAGUACAGGAGAGAUUGUUUGGGCUAGGCAGCUAGGGGGCUAUGAUGUUUUCUAUUUUGUCUGUUUGGUUCCCAACAACCCGGAUUGCCCGCCCGGCCCGAACUUGGAUGCUGACUUUGGUGAGGCUCCAAUGUUGGUUACCAUAUGGGAGAAGAGAAGGCUUAGAGAUGUUGUGGUGGCAGUGCAGAAAAGUGGGUUUGCUUGGGCUCUUGAUCGUGACAAUGGUGGCAUAGUAUGGUUUAAAAAAGCUGGACCGGGCAGCUUGGAAGGAGGAGGGAUAUGGGGAGCAGCCACCGACGGCAAGUCUCGAGUCUACACAAACAUAGUCAACGGCGAUAGGGUUCCGUUCAGGCUGGCACCGACGAACCAAACAACCACCGCCGGUGGAUGGGUGGCGCUGGACGCUAGCACCGGCGAGAUUCUCUGGACCACCGCGAAUCCUAGCAACGAAACGGCUCCCGGCCCGGUCACAUUAGUCAACGGAGUUCUUUUCGCCGGUUCGGUGGCUCCCAACGGCCCUCUUUACGCAAUGGACGCCGCCACCGGAGAAAUAGUGUGGUCAUUUAACACCGGAGCCACCAUAUACGGCGGCGCGUCCUGGAGCUAUGGCUGCGUGUUUAUCGGCACUGGAUAUUCCGUUGGCCUGGCUAAGUUAUUCCACCCUACUUGGACUAGUGGGAAGGAACUCUUUGCCUUCUGCAUUAAAAGGCCAAGUUAAUUAAAUCUUUAAAAAUAUUCCAUUAUGUAAUCUAUAAUUCAAUAAAAUUAAGUUAGGUAUUAAUAAUAAUUGAAC